UACGACGUUGGACUUAGCCGCCUCCUGCUUCACUUCCACGUCCAUUUCUCUAGAUUGUCCUGUUUCCUUUGAUUUGUCAACAAUCAUCCCUCUUCAUGCGCCUUGACAUGUCCAAUCUGAAAUGUCCGUUAUAUAGCCGACUGAUUCUCAGUAACAGAUCAGAGAAAGAAAGAGAGAGGAGCAUAUGAUGAUGAGUUCUCACCAUCUCUUCUGGUUCUUCCUUCUCUCUGUCUCUUACCUCGCCGCCUUAGCAUCCCCUGCCUUGUUAUUCCAGGGGUUCAACUGGGACUCUUGGAAAAAGGAUGGGGGAUGGUACAAUUCGCUCAAGAACUCAGUCCCAGAUUUGGCCAACGCUGGGAUUACGCAUGUGUGGCUUCCGCCGCCGUCUCAAUCCGCCGCUCAGGAAGGGUAUAUGCCGGGGCGGCUCUAUGAUCUCAGUGCUUCGAGCUACGGGAAUCAAAAUGAGUUGAAGUCUCUUAUUGAUGCUUUCCAUCAAAAGGGGAUCAAAUGCCUCGCCGACAUAGUGAUAAACCACAGGACGGCGGAAAAACAAGACGGCCGCGGAAUAUGGUGCAUCUUCGAAGGCGGAACACCUGAUGAUCGUCUUGACUGGGGGCCGUCCUUUAUUUGUCGCAAUGAUACUGAGUACUCCGAUGGCACGGGGAAUCUUGAUACAGGGGAGGACUUCAAGCCUGCGCCCGACAUAGACCACCUCAAUCCGAGGGUGCAAAAGGAGCUGUCUGACUGGAUGAAUUGGUUGAAGAGCGAUAUAGGAUUUGACGGGUGGCGAUUCGAUUUCGUAAAGGGCUACGCCCCGAGCAUCACCAAAAUCUACAUGGAUCAGACUUCGCCGAAUUUCGCGGUGGGAGAGAAGUGGGACAAUCUCUCUUAUGGACAGGACGGGAAGCUCGACCCGAACCAGGAUGCACACCGCCAUGCGCUGGUGGAUUGGGUCAAUGCUGCGGGUGGGGCCGUCACGGCGUUUGACUUCCCCACAAAGGGGAUCCUCCAGGCGGCCGUCGAAGGGGAGCUCUGGCGGUUGAAGGAUUCAAACGGGAUGCCGCCGGGAUUGAUAGGCCUGCAGCCAGGAAGCGCCGUGACUUUCAUUGACAAUCACGACACCGGUUCCACGCAAAAACUCUGGCCAUUUCCAUCUGAUAAGGUCAUGCAGGGAUAUGCCUACAUCCUCACCCAUCCUGGAGUCCCAUCCAUUUUCUAUGAUCACUUCUUUGACUGGGGCCUGAAGGAGGAGAUCGGCAAGUUGACCGCGAUUAGGGCGCGGAAUGGGAUUAACGAGAAGAGCAGCGUGAAGAUCUUGGCGUCCGAUUCUGAUUUAUACGUGGCCGCGAUCGACGAUGGAGUGAUUAUGAAGAUUGGGGCGAAGUAUGAAGUAGGUGACCUUGUUCCUCCCAAUUAUCAGAUUGCUACAUCUGGGCAAGAUUAUUGUGUGUGGGAGAAGAAGUGAUGUUCAGGCAAAACUUAAGAAAAGUGACAACUGAAAGAGCAAUUGUAGGAUACAUUGUUGGAGUGAAAUAAAAAUUUGCAAGCGGUCUCAUGCACCGUAUGGAAAUAAGCGAAAAUAUUUCUUUUAA